UCUCGGUUAAUACCGUCUUGAAAGUUGAUGAACCAGGACGAGUCGGUGAUGACUUUGAGACUGGCGUUCUGGAAGGUGUCUCUCACCCACUUUGCUGAGUUGAGAACACCCACUCCCCCAGCACUGGAGCCAACCAGAACAAUCUCUGAGGCUGUCUUCAGGUUGUACAGUCUGUCAAGAGUCUGCAGUACUGAGCGGAAAAUGGUCUGUCCUCGAAAUGUGAACUGGAGAUCUUCACUUGUUGGAUUGUAUCUGAAGCAGUCCUGGUCCCAGCAGUCA